AUGUAUGUGGGUUUCCUCCACCACCAGAACUUGGUUUAUGAUCGAACAAUGCAAGUCAUGGCCUGCCCUGAGGUGCAAUAUCUAUCCAUCAAAGCCAUUCCGAAGAGCAUUGUACACAAGGAAAAAAAGCUUGAGAGGCUGAGGGAGGACCUUCUGUCCAAACCCGAGAACAUUAGGGAGAGAAUUGUGGAUAGGAGGAUCUCAAAGAAGCUUAGGGAUCUGUCUCUUUUAGAGCAACCUUUCAUUAAAGAUGAUAGUCUUUUGGUGAAAGACAUAGUGAAGCAGAUCGUAGCUGCUCAUGGUGAGAACAUAAAAAUUCGCAGAUAUUAUCAACCUUUGAGUGUGGAGG